AGUCAGUACACGAGAAAAAAGUGCAGAACCAAUCAAAACCUAGCGAUGACAUCUGUUGCGAACGUGGGUUGGGCAAAGUACCCUCAUUUAUGGCUCAAUAUUAUUUUAUUACUUUAUUUCUACCAUUCAAAUUCAUUUCUCUUUUUUUCUGUUUGGGAUUCUGAAGAAAUGAAGAAAAGAAAUGAAACGCUCUGGGCUCUAACUUCCUGGAGUAGCUACAAGGGUGUCCUCAAAAUUCCUGGAGAAACCGGUGGAAAGAACAAGUGCAGAGAUGUCUGUGAAUUAUACGCCUACGACGGCUGCAACUGCUAUACUGUCGAGUUCAC